UUUUAACCAAAGCUGCGAGUCUUUUCUUGGCAGUUUCUGAGGCCUAAAGGUAUGGGCAGCUUACAGUAUUUCUGAGGAGGGUGGAGAUGAUGACACUUCCCACUGACCUGAAGUCCUGGCUCCCCCUUCCUGUAUCAAUUGUGUUAUACCACAUAAAUCUCUAGUUCUGAUAGCAGUUGCUUCUUUCGCGUGUUGGAAAUCUGAGCUACUAGUUGUUUCAUUGUCAGGUCCCACAUGCUCCUCAUGUAACCCCUUGCCUUGGGAUUACAGUCAUAGUACCAUUCUAGGAUUCCCGUUUGUCUAUCUGCUGCCUGCCUGCUUGCUUGCUCUAUGUGAAGUGAAAGUGGGGCCUUUAAAAUGUAAACAUGAACCUUAAGUAAAGUGUUAGGUCAGAAAGGAGAGCAUGCGCACCUACCACGAAAAAAAGAUCAUCCCUCUGAGGAUUAUGUUUUCAUCUGGGAUUACAGAUGGCAAUAUGAAGAACAGGGCAGACGCUGAGGUCUUAAUGGCAAUAGGUUUAUACUAAGGACUAAACUAUUAAAACCGUUCUUCCACUUCAUAUCCAGUACACACUGAGAGAAGCAUCAUUCGUUAUUUUUUGAUGGCAGCUGCUGGGAUGGAUUCAAAAUCUAAACCCUCUGAUGCUGUGCUGGAAUCCCCAGAACUAGAGCAGAUUCUGGACAUAAUGAGUUACUCACAGCGUGGACGAAUGGACGGACAGUGUUGCACUCUAAGUCCUGCUAAAAUAGAGACGACAUCUGCAGGGUCAAAAGAUGAGAGAUCAUCCCAUACUUCAGAUAAUAAACAGGGACAAUAUGUCAACUCGCAUUUAUCGUUGCCUGGAUUUAAUUACCAAGAAAGUGGACGUAAUGAUCAUCAUGUCUCUGCACCUCAUAUCUCAGUGACUGAGAGUACUCCAGAUAGAAACAGGAAGCAUCUGUCAGUUCCAGUUGACCAAUUACAGAUUCCUUCUCAACGCGAACGCUCAAAUUCUAUAAAGUCAGAAUCAUCUGCUGAACAGCAAAAGUUCAUGGAGAUGAUUGCCUAUGGACAGCGUGGACGCAUGGAGGACCAGUGCUGCUCAUUGGAUCCAAGCAAGAGUGCUCCUUGCACACCCAGAUACACAGAGAAAACAACUGUUGCAAUGACAGAUCCUGAAAUGUUCUUCAAUCUGUUGGCCGACACUCAGAGCCGACGGCUCGAUGACCAGCGAGUGUCGCUUCCAUCAUUACCAGGCUUACAAAAUGAAAAGGACACUGCUAUGGGAGAUUCAAGCUACUUGUGUUACAUGGUCUCUAAAGUUCAAGGCUCCAGAAUGGAUGAUCAAAGGUGUUCAUUACCUCAAAUCCUACCCCCAGAGACACCGUGUUCAUCAAACAAGGAUCAGUCUGAAUCCGGUUUAAACCCAUUACGCUCAGCCUCCUUCAGCUCCAGUUCAGACAUAAAGCAACUAAAAAGUGAGGAUAAAAAUCCUCAAAAACAGUUCUUGACUCCAGCUGAACAGGAAGAUCUUUUUACCUUAAUUAGUAAUUCCCACCAUGGCCGGAUGGAUGAACAGCGAUGUGUCCUAAAUGCUACACCCCAGUCCACACCUAAGCACCAUUUCAGUCAAAGUGAAAUCCCCCAAGAUUCUGAUAAUUUCUUCAGCUUACUGGCCAACUCACAGGGCCGACGGCUGGACGACCAGAGAGUGUCUCUUCCUUCACUACCUGGAAUACAGAAUGGAGGUACCACAUUAACACCCACUGCUGCUGAGACGGAUGCAAGCUACUUGUGUUAUCUGGUUUCCAAAGUCCAGGGCUCAAGGAUGGAUGAACAGAGAUGUUCUGCACCCCACAUCUUCCAGAAUCUGGGUACCCCAUCAGCUCAGCACACAUCUGGUAAACCUCCUUGGAGGUCUGCCUCAUUAAACCGUGACAAAACUGAACAGCGUGGGCAGGGAAUAUCCGCAGCUGAGGAGGAGCAGUUCCUUAAAAUGAUAAGUCGAAUACAAAGUGGACGCAUGGAAGAGCAACGCUGCUUUUUACAACCCAGCAGAAGCACACCUUCCUCACCUACACACAAUGGCAGUGCUUUGAAUAAAGUACCCAUAGGUGCAGAAGCAGAGGCGUUCUUCAAAAUCAUCACCUCCAGUCAGUCGCGACGACUAGAUGAUCAGCGCGUUGCACUUCCUACCUUGCCAGGGAUAAGUGGAAAUUCUGAAGGAAAAGUAGACAUACAACGACAUACAACAGCUGAAAUCCCAGUCUCUCCACUACCACAGAUCACAGUGGCUAAAUGUACACCUACAACUUCAAAAAAGUGUCCUACACCUGCCUCACAACCUCAAAUGGCAUAUGGAAAGCCUGGUUCCACUGAGGCCUUACCCAAAUCUGCUUCACUUAUUCCCAAGGGAGAAUUUAAGAAGAAGUCUAAUUUCCCAGCUAAGGUAACAGUGAGUGUAUCUGUGAGCUUCACACCUCAGGAGAAGAAUGCCAAUGAGCCAGAUGCAUUUCCAGAUGUCUAUCUAACUCUUGGAGCCCCAGGGGACAACCUUGUGAUACCUCUGAGUCCAGUAUGUGGCAGGCCCUUGUCCUUUGACUUAAACCUUGUUAUGAAGGAAGAUGUUAAGUUCAGGCAUUGCUCUCCAAGCCAUUCCAGUCCCAGAAAAAACAACUCCAGGCCACCAUCUCCCAACAAAGGUGCGACUGGUAAAGCACAUCCUACAUGCUCACAUGAACAGGGGAAGCUUGUGACCAGCCACAUCAGUGCAGAUGUAAACUCCUUCUCCCCAACUGAAAAGACUCACCUGGAGAAAGGAAUUGCUCAAGAAGGACAAAAGGGGAAAGGAGAACUUGGAAAGGUGAGGGAAAAGGCACAGCAUGGAAAAGGAAAGGGCGCUGUAAAGAAAGACAUGAAGAAGAAUGGCAAAUAAUGUACUUGUAAAUUAUGGGAUUUAAAUGUAAAAAAAAUAAGUAGCAAAAAAAUUGUAUUUGUAUUGCUAAAAGCUCUUAUUAGAAAUUAUGUUGAUUCUGCUUUAUAGGGUCAUUUGAAGGAUAGUCCUUUGCUAGCUAAAUUUACAGUACAUAUUGUGUCUAUUGUUUUCAGUUUUGCAAAUUUUCUAAAUGUAAAUACACUGUAAGGAAUUCUAUUCUUUCUGUCAAUUAUAAUUGUAAUCUUGAAUUAAAACCUUUGGUCUGUUAAACUCUGUGAAGAUGUGACAAAAACCAAACCAAAACAAACAUGAAAAAAAAAACCCAACAGCAAUAAAUGGGGAAUCAUUUCCUUUGGUCUGAAUUCUGAACUUUGACAUCUGCAUUUAGCAUUGGAGCAUAUGGGUCGUCUACUCCACCUACAGAGCUGAAAACAUGACCAUAUGAAGUAGAACAUGCUAAGCAAUAAAAAGAAAACAUAAUACUUUG